GCGCGGACUAAACGGAAGUUUAGACGGUUGCUCUGGGUGAAAACUGACAGCAUCUAAUCAAACAAAACUUGUUUUCUUCCUCUAAACUAACCCAGUCUCCCCUUUCCCUCACCCAUGGCAUCCAGUUCUAAUAUUGAUAUUGAGGGGGCGACUCAGCACCUUCGGGACAUCCUCAAACUCGACCGUCCUGGGAACAGCACCGAUGCACAGUCAAGGGAUGAUCAGAGGAAGCCAUCUUUCAAUGGAGAGCUGAAUGGUUUACUGGGAGUAGGUCUGCUAGGAAGCACUGAUCGGUCAACCAUGUCUGAAUCAACCAGACCCAUCUCCACAGACAUUAGCAGUGCUCAGGAGAGUCAGAUGAUCUGCCUGUCUGGUGACGAUGGGUCCACCUGCAUCCCCAUCACCUCAAACAAUGUGGAGAUUGUGGCAAGUCAAGACUCUAGCAUCAACAGCAAGGCACGAGGCAGCAACAAGGUUAAGAUUCAGCCCGUUGCCAAGUACGACUGGGAGCACAAGUAUUAUUAUGGGAGGCUGAUAGCUGUGUCCAACUCCUUCCUGGCCUACGCCAUCAGAGGAACCAACAACCAUGCAAUGAUUCGGGUCCUGAGUUUGGAUUUUAACGAGCGCUCCCUCCUGAAGGGAUUCACCGGGGCCGUCACAGAUCUGGCUUUUGCCCAUCUCAACUCCUCGCUCUUGGGUUGUGUAGAUGAAGCAGGAAACCUGAUGGUCUGGCAGCUCACCUUCACCGGCGGCAAGAUACUAGAUCAGAUUGUGGUUCACAUCCAACGACCGGAAGACACUCCGCUGAACUCCCAUCGCCGGCUUAUCUGGUGCCCGUUCAUCCUGGAUGACAGUGAGGAGAACCAGGAUGACGUCAGCCAGACUUUGGCUCUUCUACAUGAAGACAGGGCUGAGGUUUGGGACCUUGAAAUUUUGCGAGCGUCCAACAGCAGCUGGCCCGUUGAUGCCACAGAACUCAAAGAUGGACUCAUCGCAGUCAAGGGCCAUACUCAGCGAGUGAGUGAAGGUGCGUUGUCUCCCGAUGGGACGGUGUUGGCCACCGCCAGUCAUGAUGGAUACAUCAAGUUCUGGCAGAUAUACAUAGAAGGUGGACAAGAUAAGCCCAGAUGCCUGCAUGAAUUGCAGCCUCAUGGAGGACGUCCCCUGUCCUGCCUCCUUUUCUGUGAUAACCACAAGAGACAGGACCCAGAGGUUCCUUUCUGGCGAUUUCUGAUAACGGGAGCGAAUCAGAACCAGGAGUUGAAGCUGUGGUGCACCGUUUCCUGGACCUGUUUACAGACGAUCAGAUUCUCGCCAGAUCCGUUCAAUUCAUCAGCUCUGCCAAGUCUAAAGGCCAGCCUGGAUCUUUCUGCUGAGUAUUUGAUCCUGACCGACGUUCAGAGGAAGGUUCUCUACGUGAUGGAGCUGCAUCAGGACCUGGUGAAGGGGAAGGCGACUUUCACAGCUGUGUCAGAGUUCCUGCUCACCCACCCUGUGCUCAGCUUUGGGGUCCGGGACGUCACCCACAGCCGACUGCGACACACCGAGGUCCUCCCUGCAGAGGAGGAGAGUGAGAGCAUGACAACAGAAAGCACUCAAGGACCCACAGAAUCCAAAUCUGGGAUCCAAAUUAAACUCUACUGUGUUCACACAAAGAGUUUACAGGAUGUCCAGAUCUGGUUUCAGCCCAGUGUGUAUUCCAACUCAGCCGACUUUCUCCCCCACUCCGAUUCUCAAGAUGGUUUUACAGGUUUUUCAGACCAUCUCACCGACCAGAGCUCUGAUAAGGAAUCUGGAAGUGGCUCCCAGACUGACCUGAGAAAGAUCCCAUCACUUCCUGCUCCUUCCGACUUCCUGGCAAACUCGGGCAACGAUGGUGGGUCGAUGCCCAAACUGAUGACUCCAGAUGCCUUCAUGACACCAAGCACUUCGGUACCGGCAUCUCCUGGCAGCAGCGCCAGCAGUCUGACCGUCGUGACGGGCAUCAGCAGCAACUCUGACUCGACUAACAGAGCGAUGGAUGAUGUCAGCCAGAGUCCCAGCAGAGGAGACAACAGUGGCAGCAGUCUGGGUCUUUCUACCUCCACCAGCAGUCCAAGGACUGCUUCUGCUGUGCUGCUGUCUGGACUAGAAAACCUACCGGCUUUGGCAUCCCCUGGUGGUCCUCUGGCACUCGACAACCCUCAGGUCCUGGAUUCUCCCCUGCUGCCACCUCUGGCCUCUCCAACUAGGGCCCGUUCCCCUGAUGUCAUCUCCUCAGCCUCCACGGCCAUGUCUCAGGACAUGCCAGAGAUUGCAUCGCAGACGCUGCAGCUGCAGCGUGGACUUGUGUCAAACCUGGAGUCCUUACCUCUGUCUGCCCUGCAGACGGACAGUAUGGCUUCUGCUGCCUCUGCUCUGCACCUGCUGACCUCACCACGCACAGCCAACAGCAACAGCUUGUUGCCUCUUGAACUUGGAGGAGCAGACGUGCCAGUAGGUUCAGCAGACUCUGAGUCCAGACUAAGCAGCACCCCAUCUCUACUUGAGAACGCAUUAUCCCAGGAAAACCCCGGGGUAGGAGGAAGCUCCUCGGAUGGCAACGUUAGCCACACAGCUUGGCCGGCUGCACCAGACAUCACCAGGGAAACCAGGAACAGUCUCAGAGACAAUGGGCUUGGAGAGUGUUCAAGAGAAGAGUCGAAGGAAAGGCACUUGAGCUCAUCUUAUCACCGGCGCUCCUAUCAUCUCACGCAGAACGACAGUCAGGACGGCGGCGCUGAGCAGAGUGAUCCUGAUGACGAGGUGGCCAGUCUGGCGUCAUCUUCUGGAAACUGUGGCUCUCGCUCUUCUCACAGAAUACCAGUUAAGGACUGGAAGAUGUCCCCACGAGGCUCGCCUAAAGUAAAGAGGAAGAUCAGGAAGGACGACGGCGAGUCGUCUCAGUCCAGACAGAUGGAUCCUGGUCAGCAGUUCAGCGCAGAUUCACAGGACGAGCUGCUGAUGCUGCUGCGCGCCCAGCAGAGGGAGUUAACUGAACUGUGGGGGCUGACUGAGACCAUGCCCAGCGCCAUUAUGGCUCAGGUUGAGCACGUCCUGAUUAAACAUCAGGAACAAGAGCACCGCAGACUAGAACGAGUCCUGGCCGAAAGCCAGAACUGCCACCAGCAGCUUCAGGAGCAGCUCAGCCAGCAGCUCAGCCACGCUCUCAGCGCAGCGCUCACCAACAGGAUGGACAAAGUGCUGCGAGAGGAGAUGAAGAAAACGGUCCCACAAACCAUUUCCAAGAGUCUGGAGCCGGUGACGGGUCAGCUGAAUAACACAAUCGCUGCUAAACUGACUGCUGUGGAGGUCACCCUGAAAGACAACAUGAUAAAAGUGGUCAAAUCCAAGAACACAACAGAUGCCAUCGGUCGAGCAGCGGCUGAAGCCAUUCAGGGACCCAUCCAUGCAGCCUAUAAAGACACUUUCCAGAGCAUCGUGCUGCCUAUCUUUGAAAGAGGCUGCCAAUCCAUGUUUCAGCAAAUCAACGACAGCUUCAAACAAGGCACGCUAGAAUACAUCCAGCAGCUCGAGACUCACAUGAAGAGCAGGAAGCAGAGAGAACAGGAGACACGGGACCCGAUGAUAGGGCAGCUCCAGCAGAUGAUCGACAGCUUCCAAAGCUCCACCGAUCAGCUGGCCAACAACAUCACAGCUACCGUCCGGGCUGAGGUCCAGCACCAGAUGCAGAUGAUGGUGGGAAAUCUGCAGGAGUCCAUUCUUAGUCAUGUGCAGCGGAUCGUCAAAGGGGAAGUGAGUCUGGCGAUGAAGGAGCAGCAGGCCGUGGUCACCUCCAGCAUCAUGCAGGCGAUGCGGUCGGCGGCAGGAACACCCGUCCCCACAGCACACCUCGACUACCAGACGCAGCAGGCUAGCAUCCUGCAGCUCCUCCAGCAGGGCCAACUCAACCAGGCUUUCCAGCAGGCGCUGUCAGCAACAGAUCUCAACCUGGUCUUGUAUGUGUGCGAGACCAUCGACUCGCAGCAGGUGUUCGGUCAGCACCCGUGUCCUCUCAGCCAGCCCGUGCUGCUUUCGCUCAUCCAGCAGCUUUCCUCCAACCUCACUACCCGGUCUGAGCUCAAAAUCAGCUAUCUGGAGGAUGCAGUGAUGAACCUGGACCACAGCGACCCCCUGACCAGAGACCACAUGGCCUCCGUGUUGACUCAGGUCCGGCCGAGGCUCAUCACCUUCCUUCAGCAGGACCCCCACAGCUCGCUCAGCAAGAGGGCUCGGCGCCUGGUCAUGAUGCUGCAGGGACUCGUCAACCACUAGUCAUUUGUUUGCCACCUGGAUGCCAAUCAUGUUUCUCUACAAAUGUUUCAGAGGAUGAAGCAUCAGGGACCGCCUCCAUCUGCUUCAACCAGACUUUUAAACCCAACAUCCAGCCGUUUUUCCUCCCAUCUUUCCUUCUUGCACCACUGAGGUUAAUAAAUGGACUUUUUCUUUUUGUUACUCAAUUUUUUCCUGCUUGGACGGUGAUGGUCUGGACAGAACGAUUGUCAAUUUAAGUUUGCUGUAGAGACUGAGACCUUCAUUUCGGCUGUUAUUGGGCUCCAGGAGACGUUCUGUUUGUUUCUACAGAAAAGCCGACACUCCUGUUGAUGUCAUCUUCAUUUGCAGGACUAGACUGAAAGAAUGUCCAGCCGAACGUAGCUGCUCCUUCACUGGUUCUGCUGUGCUCACGUGAUGCAGGCGGGGACUCUGAAGAAAACACGUCCCAGGUGGAAAUGUCACCUUGUUUUUCAGGCCUUUACAUUAAACAGCAGGUUUCAGACUUUUUCUUUAGUUCUUCAAGGCAGACCAGCAUUCUUUACUCAUUUUUUUGCUUAUUGAAGUUUUCUUAAAAAUCUUAUCCUGGCAACCAAAAGUAUGUAAGCUCCAAUAUGAUGGCGGCAUAUUUUCCUCUGUUAUUUCUUAAUGGGCUGGAGGCAACAUUCUUGCCACAGCAACUUUUUCAAAAGAAUCAAAGAUGAGAGAAUUUGUUAAUAAUCAUAAACAUAAUUUCUUUUUCUGGCCUUGUUUCAGGAUUCUAGUGAAGGUUUCAGAAGGAUUAAAAAACUUGUUGAUGUGAUGAAAGACUAGAUCAGAGCAUUAUUGAUUAAGCUAAUCAGAAUUCAACCUUUAAAAUCUGAAAUAUUUGGAGGCCAACAUCUCAGCCGUCCAUGUGUACAGCUUUGACCUUUAAUCGAUCAGACUCCAGUAUUUUCUUCUUCUUUUUUUUAUAUAAACAUUUAGUAUUCGUAGGCCAUGUAUACUUGUUUAAGUAGCUUAAUAAGAACACUUCCUACAUGAUUGUUACUGAGGUUAUUUUAGCAGGAUUUUCCAGGAUACAGUAAAUGUUUGUGAACUUUGACGUGCAGUUACUUCUCUUAGGCUCUAGGAGGCAGCACUUAGUCAAACAUACUCGCUCUGCUUUGCAUUUAGGUUUUUGGCUUCACAAAUCAUUCCUGCUUGUUGCUGUAUGUUUUACCAAACAAUGAGAAACCUGCCGCCUUUUAGGUGAUAAACGCGGUUUCGUUUGCUUUUCAAAGUGUACGAUAGUUUGUGUAAAGCCCGUUCACACACGUUUGUUUAAUCACAGGGUGGCCGCACUCGUUCGCUCAUUGUAAAAUAAAAAUUCAGUUCAUCUGAGCUGUGUUUAAAAAUCUGUUGGAUUUUGUCUAGUAAGUGCCUUACUGUGUUUUAUCUGUUUUGUUUUUGUUGGUUUUUUUUUUUGACAACUUGUAAGGCUCACGCGUGAAUCCACAGCAGCUCCAUUUAGUUUUACGUCAUUGAAACCAUGAAACGGAGCGGCAGAGGAGAACCUGUAUGUUUUGUUGACAAACAUUUGACUGGUCGGUUUGAACGGUUUUACUUGGGUGUUUGAGAAAGAGAGAAACUGUUUUGACUACUAGCAGUUCGGCCUCUCGGCCGCAGGCCGCUUUGAUGCUUAAUGAGGCUUGUGUUGACGUUAUGUUUUUUCUCUCUUUCCAUUGUGUUCAUUCCCUCUGCUUGGAAGAUUAUGUUGUACCUUUUACAGUUUAUUUUAUCUUCAACAUUUUGGAAUAAAAGAUUAAACCCA